AUGACACAAGCAACAGUAAAUGUCGGCAAUAGUGCCGUCAAAAAUCUCAAUCCCAAUGCUCAACAAUUUUCAUCGCGCGAUUUUAACCACGGAACAGUACUAGCCGGAUCAACGGUACCCAGUGAUGAUUCGUACACAGACUAUCUUGAUAGUAGCACGGGAUCUUAUCUUCCACAACAUCAAUCUCAAAUUUUUUCGAUCGAUCCAUCAUCAAUCGAUCCUCUUCAACAACAACAACAACAACAGCAUCAACAAUCAGAAUCAAAUUUUGCCGUACAUGAACAUGCGGCUAUGCUUGAUACAAUUGAUCAUCAACAAACAUCACUUUUAAAUCCAAAUCAUUUGCAUCAUCCUCAACAACAUAUAAAUCAGACAAUGCCAGAUGAAGAACAAACUCAUCAAAUACAAUCGGUAUCAGAACAAUUACGACAACAUUUAAGAAAACAACUUGAAUAUUAUUUCUCAAGAGAAAAUAUGAUUCAUGAUACAUAUUUACAAUCACAAAUGGAUGCUGAUGAUUAUGUACCAAUAGCUAUAAUUGCAAAUUUUAAACUUGUUAAACGUUUAACACAUGAUUUACAAUUAAUUAUUGAUGUUCUUAAAGAAUUACCAUCUGUUGAAGUUGAUGCUGAAGAAAAAAAAGUUCGUUCAGCUGAUGAAAAAAAAUAUCGUUUAACACGUAAACGUUGUAUUAUUAUUUUACGUGAUGUACCAUUAGAUGCAACUGAAACUGAAGUAUCAGAUUUAUUUUUAAAUGAACAUUGUCCUGUACCAGCAGUUGCUUGUGAAAGAGUUUUAGAAUCAGGUAAUUCAGAUUGUUGGUAUGUUACAUUUAAUAGUGAAGAUGAUGCACAAAAUGCAUUUUUAUAUUUAACACGAGAAAAUGUUUCAAUACGUGGUCAUAAAGUUUUGGCUCGAAUGAAAACACGUCUAUGGCAAAAACCAUCAUCUGUACCAAGUACAAAUCCAACAACACCUAUUUCACCACCAAUGACAACAAAUAGUAGCGGUGCAACAAGUCCACCACUACCACCACCACCACAACAACAACAACAACAACAACAACAAACUAUUCAAGCAUAUCAAAAUUCAACAUUUGUUCCACAACAACAAGUUCCACCUCCACCACCACAAUAUUCAUCUCAUCCACAACAACAAUUUAAUCAACAACAAAUAUCACAACAACAACAACAGCAACAACAACAACAACAUCCUUCUGUUUAUAUGUCAACAACAGCUAAUACUCAUCCAAAUCAAACAUCAAUACUUGGAAAUAUUCAAUCACAAACAAGUAAUUAUCGUCAUCCAAUGCAUUCAUCUGUUGGUCCACCACCUCCACCACAACAUGUUGCUGCUCAAUAUUCUACAACAAAUCCAACACAACAUCCAACAUCAAUUGAUGCACAAGUAUUACAACAAUUACGUAUGAGUUAUCCAAGUUAUGGUGCUAAUCCACAAUUUGAUCGUGCUACAUGGGCAACGGCACAUCCACAAAGUGUACAAACAACACAACCAACACUUUCAUUUGCUACAACAGCUCAGCAAACGAAUAUGGCUCAAUAUACAGCAUCAAUACAUCAACAACCACAAUUUAUUACUGCAAAUCAUCCUGUAUUUCCAGGAAAUUUAUGGUAUAUGUCAUCUGGAUAUCAAACAGCUGAAGGCUAUCCAACAAUGGCUUAUAAUGGUGCCAAUAAACCAAAAACUCGAAUGCCACGUGAAUAUCCACUAACAUCUAAACCACGUAAUUCAAUGAAACCACCUGGUACUCGUAGUUCUCGUCAUGAAGGACUUCAAAUAAAUAAUGAACAUCCAAAUGAAUUACUUGAUUAUUGUCAACACAGUACUCCACAUUCCGAAGAUAGUAGUUCACCAGUCCCUCGUGCCGAAGUAGUCAUUAAUCGUAUAAAUGAACCCAUAGCCCAACCAGUAUCAAAUACUUCGUUACAACAUGUUCAAGCAUAUCCAACAAGUACAAUUGAUACAUCCGCUAAUGAACCUAUUGAUCAUUAUCAUCAUCAAUCACCAAAUGAUGUUUUAUAUACUACUGCGAACAGUCAUAUCUCACAACAAGGAUCAUCUGAUACAAAUCCAUCUCAAGAACAAACAAAUGAUUCACAAAAUUUAGGCAAUUUUUCAAUUCAAUCUUCUUAUCCAACAUCGACAACAAUUGAAAAUUCCAAUUUAAAUUAUCAACCAUUAGAACAACGAAAACUACCAUUAACUAAUCAAGAUCAACAACAACAACAACAACAACAUCCUCAAAUAAAUGAAAACCAACAACAACAACAACAAUCAAAUAAAAAACUAAAUCAACAACAAACAUCAAUCCGUCCAUUAAUGUCACGUGAAAAUCGAUCAACACAAAAUUCCAAUCGUCCAUCAUCAUCACAACAAGGACGAUCUCAACAACACCAACAACAACAACAACAACAACAAACACGAAUUAAUUCAAAUUCAUCAACACCAUUAAGUGUCACUAUUCCUAAAGUAUCAUCAGCAACAUAUUACAAUCAAACAUCAUCAUCAUCACCACAAUCACCUAAUUCAAAUCAAAAAAAUCAACAGCAACAACAACAACAACAACAACAGCAACCUAAUGAUAAUAAUGGUCCACGUACAUAUGCUGAUAUGCUUAAAACAAAACAAGCACCCCAACAACAAUCAACAGAAUCAACAAAAUCUCCUACAAAUGAAACAAAUGAUAUAACAUCACCACGUGCUCAAUCACCGAUAACUAAUACUACGAAUUCAAAAACUGAUUCCGUAUCGAUUAAUACAGAAACUAAUGGUCCAUUGUCACCAUCGUUAUCUGAUAUAUCACCAUCAAAUCAAAUCGAACCACCUACGAAUUCUCAAUCAUCAACAAUAAAUGAUGCUUCAAAUUCUAUUCGUCGUAAUAGUUCAGCAUCCGAUCAACCUCAACAACAACAACAACAACAACAACAACAGCCACAACAACAACAACAACAACAACAACAACAACAACAUCAGCAACAACAUACAUCAUCACCAUCACAUCAACAGUAUAGUAAUUCACGUGGUCGUGGUCGUGGAGGAAAUUAUCGUUAUUCACAUGAACGUCGUUCUGGUUCAAGUAAUAGUUUAAAUCGUGGAGGAGGCGGUGGAGGUGGCAGUAAUCGUGGUGGAGGACGUCGUACAGUAAAUAAUAAUGCUGGUCCACCAACAUAUCAAUCGCGUGGUAGUGGUGGACGUGGUACUGGUAGAUAUUUUGAUCGGUCACGAGGAGGAGGUGGUAACUAUCACAAUAGUAAUCAAACGGUGCAUCGUUUCACCGGCAACACAGGCAAUGUUGAAUCACAGGUUCACUAUGCCGAAUAG